AUGGAGGUGGAUGUCAGACAAAUGAUUCACCCUACAAGUGAAGUAGAGCGGGUGGUGAAAGCCAAUGACCGAGACUACAAUGAGAAAUUCCAGUAUGCGGACAAUCGUAUCUAUACGUCUAAGUACAAUAUUCUCACAUUCUUGCCAAUUAACUUAUUUGAGCAGUUCCAAAGAGUGGCGAAUGCCUAUUUCCUUUUCCUCCUGAUACUGCAGCUCAUUCCAGAAAUCUCUUCCCUGACAUGGUUCACCACCAUCGUGCCUCUGGUCCUGGUGAUCUCCAUGACAGCUGUCAAGGAUGCUACUGAUGACUAUUUUCGCCACAAGAGUGACAAUCAAGUGAACAACCGGCAGUCUGAAGUGCUCAUUAACAGCAAACUGCAGAAUGAAAAAUGGAUGAAUGUUAAAGUUGGAGACAUCAUUAAGUUAGAAAAUAACCAAUUUGUUGCUGCCGACUUGCUGCUCCUGUCCAGUAGUGAGCCACACGGUCUCUGCUAUGUUGAAACAGCUGAGCUGGAUGGGGAAACAAACCUAAAAGUUCGUCAAGCACUACCUGUCACCUCAGAACUUGGAGCAGAUAUUAGCAGUCUUGCAAAGUUUGACGGGAUUGUCAUCUGUGAGGCACCUAACAACAAAUUAGAAAAGUUCUCUGGAGUCCUCUCUUGGAAGGACAGCAAGCACACUCUCAGCAAUCAGAAGAUAAUCCUGAGAGGCUGUGUCCUGAGGAACACUCGCUGGUGCUUUGGAAUGGUUCUUUUUGCAGGUCCUGACACUAAACUAAUGCAGAACAGUGGUAAGACAAAGUUUAAAAGGACGAGCAUUGACAGACUGAUGAAUACCCUAGUCAUAUGGAUUUUUGGAUUUCUGGUAUGCCUGGGAAUUAUUCUUGCAGUAGGAAAUUCAAUCUGGGAAAGUGAAUUUGGAGGCCAGUUCAGAACUUUCCUCUUCUGGGGCGAAGGCGAGAAGAGUUCCUUGUUCUCAGGCUUCUUAACUUUCUGGUCAUAUGUUAUCAUCCUCAACACACUUGUGCCCAUUUCCUUAUACGUGAGUCUCACUCAAAACAUCAUGACUUUUAAAAAAUGUUCCAUUAAUGGGAGAGUCUAUGGUGAAGUACUAGAUGACCUGGGCCAGAAGAAAGAAAUAACUAAGAAAAAGGAGGGUGUGGACUUCUCAGGCAAAUCCCAACCAGAAAGAACACUGCAUUUCCGUGACCACAGUCUGAUGGAAUCCAUUGAGCUGGGGGACCCCAAAGUGCAUGAAUUCCUUCGCUUACUUGCUCUCUGCCAUACUGUAAUGUCAGAGGAGGAUAGUGCAGGACAACUGGUUUACCAGGUUCAGUCACCUGAUGAAGGAGCUCUAGUUACUGCUGCUAGAAAUUUUGGGUUCAUUUUUAAGUCUCGGACUCCAGAGACAAUAACAGUCGAAGAACUGGGAACACCUGUUACUUAUCAGUUACUUGCCUUUUUGGAUUUCAGCAACAUCAGGAAAAGGAUGUCUGUCAUAGUUCGAAACCCAGAAGGACAGAUAAAACUUUAUUCCAAAGGAGCAGACACUAUUUUGUUUGAGAAACUCCAUCCUUCCAACAAAGACCUGCUGUCUUUGACAUCAGACCAUCUCAAUGAAUUUGCAAGUGCAGGCCUUCGAACCUUGGCAAUUGCUUAUAGAGACCUUGAUGACAAGUACUUUAAAAUGUGGCAGGAGAUGCUUGAAGAUGCAAAAGCUGCCACCACUGAGAGGGAUGAACGGAUAUCUGGGCUGUAUGAAGAAAUCGAAAGAGAUUUGAUGCUACUAGGUGCCACUGCUGUAGAAGAUAAGUUACAAGAAGGUGUUAUUGAAACAAUUACGACUCUAUCACUAGCCAAUAUUAAGAUCUGGAUUCUAACAGGAGAUAAACAAGAAACUGCCAUCAAUAUUGGUUAUGCCUGCAAUGUGCUGACUGACGCCAUGGACGCCGUGUUUGUGGUAACGGGGAACACGGCUGUGGAAGUGCGAGACGAGCUCCGGAAAGCAAAGGAAAUUUUGUUUGGACAAAACACGAGUUUUUCCAGUGGACAUGUAGUUUAUGAAAGCAAGCAGCAGUUGGAGUUGGACUUGGGUGCAGACGAAGCUGUAACAGGAGAAUAUGCCUUAGUCAUAAACGGCCACAGUUUGGCCCAUGCUCUAGAGAGUGAUGUCGAGAAUGAUCUUUUGGAACUCGCCUGUAUGUGUAAGACUGUGGUUUGCUGCAGAGUCACCCCACUCCAGAAAGCCCAAGUAGUAGAGCUGGUCAAAAAGCACAGAAAUGCUGUAACCUUGGCCAUCGGCGAUGGGGCCAAUGAUGUCAGCAUGAUAAAAAGUGCUCACAUUGGCAUUGGCAUCAGUGGCCAGGAAGGACUGCAAGCAGUCUUAGCCAGUGACUAUGCUUUGGCUCAGUUUAGAUAUCUCCAACGGCUGCUUCUUGUUCAUGGAAGGUGGUCCUAUUACAGAAUGUGCAAGUUUUUAUGCUAUUUCUUCUACAAGAACUUUGCCUUCACCCUUGUGCAUUUCUGGUUUGCCUUCUUCUGUGGUUUCUCAGCACAGACUGUUUAUGACCAGUGGUUCAUCACCCUUUUUAACAUCGUUUACACAUCACUACCUGUUUUAGCCAUGGGGAUUUUUGACCAGGAUGUGAGUGACCAGAACAGUAUGGACUGUCCUCAGCUCUAUGAACCUGGACAACUGAAUCUACUUUUUAACAAGCGUAGAUUUUUCAUCUGUGUGGCACAUGGAAUCUACACUUCACUAGCCCUUUUCUUCAUUCCCUAUGGGUCCUUUUACAACUUGGCUGGAGAAGACGGGCAACACAUUGCUGACUAUCAGUCCUUUGCAGUUACCAUGGCCACAUCUUUGGUCAUUGUUGUCAGUGUACAGAUAGCCUUGGACACCAGUUACUGGACUGUAGUUAAUCAUGUCUUCAUCUGGGGCAGUGUUGCGACCUAUUUCUUCAUUUUACUGAUCAUGCACAGUAGAAGUGUCUUUGGAAUCUUCCCACAACAGUUUCCCUUUGUUGGAAAUGCAUGGCACUCCCUGAGCCAGAAAUUCGUCUGGCUUGUUGUUCUCUUGAUAUCAGUGGCUUCAGUCAUGCCGGUGGUAACAUUCAGAUUUCUGAAGAUGUGUUUAUACCCAAGCCUAAGUGAUCAGAUCCGCCGGUGGCAGAAGGCUCAGAGAAAGGAAAGGCCCAUACGAAACCGUAGGCCUCAGUCCCGCAGCUCAAGCUCCAGAAGAUCUGGGUACGCGUUUGCUCACCAAGAGGGCUAUGGAGAGCUCAUCACAUCUGGAAAAAAUAUGCGAGCUGAAAGUCCAGCCCCAACAUCAGGGCUGGAAAAGAUGCUUUAUAAUAACACGAGCUGGAUUGAAAAUUUAUGUAAGAAAACCACAGACGUGGUGAGCUUUAAUCACGAUAAGACAGCGAAACUGUGAGUCAAGAUGGACUUGAACCACAAGGCUUUCUUUUCGCUUCAUCUGGGGCUGAGCUUCAGCUGCUCAGGGGCCAAGAGCAGGGCAGAUCACCUUGCUUAACUUAAAUCUGUGACCUCCAGCUGCCAAUGCCUGUUACAUACUAGUGUGUUCUGCAGGAAACGGGGCCAGAUGGACAUCAUCCAGUUUGUGAUUCUGUGGACCAAGCCCUCCCUCAUGGGGCAAGCACAGAGUUUUAUUAACUUAAACACCAGUUGAUCUGAACUUUGAAUCUUAUUUAUGGAAAAAAGCUUGUAAAUUAGCAUCUACACUGGAUGGGUCCUGGGUAUGUAAAGGGUACAUUCCAGUGGUGUGUCUGAACCAGAAAACCCAUGUCUACAGAUACACCAUGUAUGUGAAGAGCUAGCUGCCUUCCCCAAAUGCAACUGCAGAAUUUAAAGCAUGCAGUAUGGUGCUCUCACAUUGAGAGUCAGUCUACUUCUAGUUGUGACUUCUAUUUGCCAAUCUAUCCCAGACAACAAACCAUUACAUGCCUAAAGAAUACAUAAAAUAUGCCUGUGGGAUUCCCUGUUUUACAAACCAGUCCAGGGACAAAAGAGACUGAAUAUCUUUGCAGAGGGGCUGCUAAUGUGGCCAGGUUUAUUCAGAAAGUGUUCUAUCUGUUCUAUGUAAGGAUAAAUACUAGUAAGUCUCCUAAUGUUUCAGUGACUUGUAUGACAACAUCAGUAGCAAUCUUCUGCACAUUAUACAAACUAUGGAAAGAACCAUCAGGGUGGAGGAACACCACACUUUGUUGAUAGUGUUCCAUACAGUCCAAGGCAAAGGCUGCCGGCAGACCCCAUUUUAUAAACAUGAGAAUCCAAAGGAAGUGAGUUAAUAGAAAAAUCGAUACUUUUAUUAUUUACUCAGGUUAAGGUCAUGGAGACUCGAUUCCUUUUUAGUGCCCAACUGUUGUAUUUAUAACUCAAACAUCUAAUGUAGAUGAUUUUUAAAAUUGACAUUACAGCCCAAUUUGGGGAUCUCUGGGUGAGCCACAAUUUUCUUUCCUUUAAAAGGCUCUGUGUUGAAAUUGCUGCUCUGCCACCUCUCACCUCUGUGAUGGGCAGGUAAUGUGCUGAUGUGCCCUUCCUGAGACUCAGUUUCCUCAUCUACAAAAAAACGAGGAUGUACUACCUACCUCAUGUGGUUGAUGACCAUCAAGCACAAGUUCUCAAACCAUUAGAAACCCAAUUCUCAUAUGAAUGUGUGAGUUAGGUUUCAGCUAACUCAUCAGAACAGCAGAGCAAUGGGAAGAGACCGUAGGACCUGGCCUGUCAGUCAUGAGUGGGAUGACCUCAAGGAAAUGAGGUUGCAAAGUAUGAUAGGAAGCAAGUAAAACUAUACCAAAGCCCGGGGAGUAGAUUUAUCUGCAAGGAAAUGAAAUAAAGCAUCGGUCUUACUAGUUUUCCAAAGUCAGCCUUUAGUUUUCUAGGCUCUUUCCUCUGGUCCCUACUCAAUUGCCCAUCAAACAAAACUGCUUUCUACAAAGAACUUGCUAAUCCUUAUGUGGCCUUGCUGGAUGGUGGGCUAAGGUGAUAUUAAUAGGUCGGUGUCCCAUGCUCAAUUAGUCUUUGUUUCUAAGGGUAAUUUUUUCUGAAUGGUACUUACUGAGACAAUCUGUAUGCAGGAGCCUAAUACCUAGAGCCUAAACCAAUAGCAAAUGUUAUCCCUUUUUCUUAUACAUAUCUAUGUUACAUAAAUUAAGAUUUUCAUGUCAAAUGAUCAGCUUAGUGUGCUUGCUUAUGUUUUAUAGCAAUUUUGGAAACUUUCAGUAAACAUUUUGCCACU